GUAUCUCCUUUUGUUCUUUCAGACAAUUAUGACCUCCGCGAAUACAGAAAAGCGUGAGCAUCUGUACAAAAUUCUAGUCAUCGGCGAAUUGGGCACCGGCAAGACGUCCUUCAUCAAACGCUAUGUGCAUCAGUUCUUCAGUCAAAAUUAUCGUGCCACAAUCGGUGUAGAUUUCGCUUUGAAAGUACUACAUUGGGAUCCAAAUACAACCGUCCGUUUGCAACUUUGGGAUAUAGCUGGACAAGAGCGUUUCGGCAAUAUGACCCGCGUCUAUUAUAAAGAAGCUGUUGGCGCUUUCAUUGUAUUCGAUGUAACACGUAGUGGCACAUUUGAUUGUGUGACUAAGUGGAAAGAAGAUUUGGAUUCGAAAGUUCAAUUACCGGAUGGCAGUCCUAUACCCUGUAUACUGUUAGCUAAUAAGGUAAGUUAAUGAUGAUGCGUUCUACUGAAA